CGAUUCCAAACCUCCAACCCACACGCAUAUAUCCACGAUGUUCACUCUCCGUUCUGUCUCUGCCGCUGGCAAGCGCGCCUUCUCCACCUCCUCCGUCGCCGCCUCCAAGGUUGCCGUCCUCGGUGCCGCCGGUGGUAUCGGUCAGCCCCUCUCCCUCCUUCUCCGCUUGAACGAGAAGGUCUCCAACCUUGCGCUCUACGAUAUCCGUGGCGCUCCCGGAGUUGCUGCCGAUGUCAACCACUGCGACAUGAACGGUGAGGUUGCCGGCUUCCUCCCCGAGAACAACGGCCUCAAGGAGACCCUUACCGGUGCCGAGAUCGUCGUUAUCCCCGCUGGUGUUCCCCGCAAGCCCGGAAUGACUCGUGAUGACCUCUUCAACACCAACGCUUCCAUCGUCCGCGAUUUGGCCAAGGCCUGUGCUGAGUUCUGCCCCAAGGCUAAGAUCUUGAUCAUUGCCAACCCCGUCAACUCCACCGUCCCCAUCGUUGCCGAGGUCUUCAAGAAGGCUGGUGUCUACGACCCCAAGAAGCUUUUCGGUGUCACCACCCUCGACGUUGUCCGUGCCAACCGCUUCGUCUCCCAGAUCCAAGGUUCCGACGCUACCAAGGAGAAGAUCACCGUUGUCGGUGGUCACUCCGGUGUCACCAUCGUUCCCCUCCUUUCCAAGACCGGCUACGGUAUCUCUGGUGAGGCCCGUGACAAGCUCGUCAACCGUAUCCAGUUCGGUGGUGACGAGGUCGUCAAGGCCAAGGACGGUGCUGGCUCCGCCACCCUCUCCAUGGCCCACGCCGGUGCCAAGAUGACCGACGCUUUGUUGAGGGCUGCUGCUGGUGAGCAGGGUGUCGUCGAGCCUACCUUCGUUCAGUCUCCUCUCUUCGCUGAUAAGGGAUGCGAGUUCUUCUCUUCCAACGUUGAGCUUGGCCCUGAGGGUGUUAAGAAGAUCCACGAGUUGGGUCAGAUCGACGAGUACGAGCAGAAGCUCAUCGAUGCCUGCUUGGCUGACUUGCAGAAGAACAUCGCCAAGGGUAAGAAGUUCGUUGCUGAGAACUAAGUUUGAGGCGCGAGUGGAGUGUGGGAUUAU